AUGGCGAACCAAUUCAUCGGCUUGCAUAUGCGGGUGGUGCUGAGGGAGCCCCCGGCGUACCACAUCACAGGGACAGUCAGGGACGUUGAGGCCGGCAGCUGCCUGACUUUGACGAACGUGUUUGUUUCUGGGACCAAGGAAUGGCACCCUCACAUGAGGAUUGAUGCCAGCAAUAUCGCAGAUCUCUCGGAGAUCAAGACGGAUGAUGGGCCGGCUAUUACUGUCCCGCCUCCCGCCGAGGCUGUCGCCACGCCUGUGUACUCGCAACCGCCUUCGCAACCCCCUUCGCAUCCGCCUUCGCAGCCCUCAUUUGUCGACCCAGCGAUUCUCAGCCUUGGACGACGGCCAACAUCUGGAACGCCAUCGGCGCCGGAUGCCAAAGCCAUCUCCGUUGACAGCGGGAUCGUUGAAAUGCAAGCCCCCUUGCCCGGUGCGGUGUCAUCUAUUCACUCUGCAGGCACUCCAGUGCGUCCCACUCCUCCUGAUUACGAUAUCACAAGUCCGCUGGGCAACCUCGUUCUUCAAAGCCCGGCACCUGAACCUGGGAACGGCCAAGCCCCUGAGUCGCAGGAAACUCCAUCUCAGAAGAAGAAGCGACGUUCACGGCAAUCGAAGCAAGGAAAGGGACAGCGUCCUGAAGAUGAUGGACGGCCAGUUGAAGGCUCGCCGCUUGUCCAGGGCGGUCGUGGCAAGGGUUGGAGACAGACACCGAUUCUACAGAGCACUGCUUCAUUCCAACCAUUCAAUUCUCUGAAGCGCAAUGGAAAGGGCCGCAAGGGGGGUCCCGACAACGGAUGGGCAUCGGAGGACGUCACAGAGGAGAUGGGCGAAUUUGACUUUGAGAACAACCUCGCCAAAUUUGACAAGCGCACCAUCUUUGACCAGAUGAGAAAAGAAGAUCAAGUGGAUGAUGCGAGCCGGCUGGUAUCGCAUAACCGCCGACCCAAGCCAGGGACCGCUGGAGGAAAGAACCUACACUAUACGGAGAACGUCCUGGACGUGCCAUCAGUCGCCGGCAAGAACGCAGACUUUUGGAACAGCGAAGCGGACGAUGGGUUAAAUGAGGCAGAAAGGCUGAUGGGCCGAGACUUGCGAAGCAGCCAGAGCAAUCGGAAAACUGAUACCAAGUCCGGGCCUUCUCGGCGAUCCCAGUCACGCAAAGCUAGUACCGUUGCCGUGCCUGGAGGUCUGCCACUUAGCCGAGUCAACUCUGGCGUACGUUCAAGUCAUAGACCUCGGUGGUCUCUUUCCAGACCGGAAUCACGCAGUACUGACAGCAGAAAGCAGCAAGGUCACCCACCCGGUCUAUACCUCGUCCCGUCGAACCGGCGACUCGAGACCGUCUCUGCACUGCAAAUGCUGAAUCUUGAGAACAUUGCCGCCAAUGAGGUUGGAUUGAGGGAAGAUCUCAUGGCAGAGAAUGCAGGUCGAGGAAUUGCUCAGGUAGCAUUUACAGCGCUGUCAGAACCGGCCAUCAAAGUUCGGUUCGGGCUUGCAGGCGCCAAUCCUUCGGCGAGUGCUGUCUUGACCAGUCCAGCGGUGGUUAUCUUGGCUGGCAACAACAGGUCCGGUGUCCGGGCCAUUGCUGCGGGUCGUCAUCUGCGGAACAAAAAUAUCAACGUACUGCUCUGCCUCGUGGGAAUCGAGCGAGAGCGAGAUCUACUUGAGGACCUACGGCAACAGAUCCAGCUAUAUCGGAACUUUGGGGGCAAGAUUCUAAACAAGACGGAACUCUUCGAGCAUCUAAGGAAGAGUUCGGCGACUGGGUCCCCCGUGUCGAUCUCGCUCAUUGUGGAUGCGUUGCUUGGUUUGACCAUUUCGUUUGAGGAAUUGCGAACCGCGGACCAGGCCACAGUGUAUGAGCUGAUGGAGUGGGCGAACCGUAACGAGGCAUUUGUUCUAGCGGUCGACGUCCCAACGGGCAUCGAUCCCACAUCAGGCAAGGUCGCCGUCAUUGACGGAGGACGUCUCUUUGUCAAGCCGCGAUAUGUGGUUGCCAUGGGAGCUCCUAAACGAGGACUGCUUGAAGCGGUCACGCCUCCGAACGACGAUGACCCCGAGGCCCUGAACCAUACAACUCAUGAGGACGAGUGGCGACUAUUUAUCGCAGAUAUUGGACUGGGAAGCGCAGUUUGGAGGAAGGCCGGUACCAAGAUCCGAAGGGGAAUCGACUUUGACGAGGAGUGGGUGCUGGAAAUGCGCUACCGAAACGGGCCUGAGGAAUCGGACGACGAGUAA